GGUCCACUUAAAAAUCAGCAACAGAGCAGACAGUUUGCUUUCUUUUGACUCCGUUUGAACAAAGUGAAGCCCUGUAACUGUAAAUAGCAUUCCUUGGAGUUACUAUCAUGCGUUAUAAGCCAGAAGGAGAUAGUGGAUAGCCCCUUCCCGACAUGGAGGAUGGGAAGCCCGUGUGGGCACCACACCCCACAGAUGGGUUUCAGAUGGGCAGCAUCGUGGACAUCGGGCCCGACAGCUUGACGAUUGAGCCCUUGAACCAAAAAGGCAAGACAUUUUUGGCUCUUAUAAAUCAAGUGUUCCCUGCAGAAGAGGACAGUAAAAAAGAUGUGGAAGAUAAUUGUUCACUAAUGUACUUAAAUGAAGCCACAUUGCUCCAUAAUAUCAAAGUUCGCUACAGUAAAGACAGAAUUUAUACAUAUGUUGCCAACAUUCUGAUUGCAGUGAACCCGUAUUUUGAUAUACCUAAAAUAUAUUCGUCAGAUACAAUAAAAUCAUAUCAAGGAAAGUCUCUUGGAACAAUGCCACCUCAUGUCUUUGCAAUCGCUGAUAAGGCUUUCCGAGACAUGAAGGUGCUCAGGAUGAGUCAGUCUGUCAUUGUGUCUGGGGAAUCAGGAGCUGGCAAAACAGAAAAUACAAAAUUUGUUUUAAGAUACCUGACUGAAUCCUAUGGAACAGGUCAAGAUAUUGAUGAUAGAAUUGUUGAAGCUAAUCCACUCUUAGAAGCCUUUGGAAAUGCAAAGACUGUUCGUAACAAUAAUAGCAGUCGAUUUGGAAAAUUUGUAGAAAUACAUUUCAAUGAAAAGAGUUCAGUUGUUGGAGGAUUUGUUUCACAUUAUCUUCUAGAGAAGUCCAGGAUCUGUGUUCAAGGCAAAGAGGAAAGGAAUUACCAUAUCUUUUAUAGGUUGUGUGCCGGUGCUUCUGAAGAUAUUAGGGAAAAACUUCAUCUGAGCUCCCCAGAUAAUUUUCGGUAUUUGAACCGAGGCUGCACAAGAUACUUUGCUAACAAAGAAACUGACAAACAGAUUUCACAGAACCGCAAAAGUCCUGAGUACCUUAAGGCAGGUUCCUUGAAAGAUCCCCUGUUAGAUGACCAUGGAGAUUUCAUUCGAAUGUGCACAGCCAUGAAAAAAAUUGGCUUGGGUGACGAAGAAAAGCUGGAUCUAUUCCGAGUUGUAGCUGGUGUCCUGCACCUUGGAAAUAUUGAUUUUGAAGAAGCCGGCAGCACUUCAGGCGGGUGCAAUCUGAAGAACAAAUCUACUCAGUCGUUAGAAUAUUGUGCCGAGUUACUGGGUUUGGACCAAGAUGAUCUUCGAGUAAGUUUAACCACAAGAGUUAUGCUGACGACAGCAGGGGGCACCAAAGGAACGGUUAUAAAGGUCCCUCUGAAAGUGGAGCAAGCGAACAACGCCCGGGACGCCCUCGCGAAGACAGUCUACAGCCAUCUUUUCGAUCACGUGGUGAACAGAGUGAACCAGUGUUUCCCAUUCGAAACAUCCUCCUACUUUAUUGGAGUCUUGGAUAUUGCUGGCUUUGAGUACUUUGAACAUAACAGUUUUGAACAGUUUUGUAUCAACUACUGCAAUGAAAAACUGCAACAAUUUUUUAAUGAAAGGAUUCUGAAGGAGGAACAAGAACUGUAUCAAAAAGAAGGUUUAGGUGUUAAUGAAGUGCAUUAUGUGGAUAAUCAGGACUGCAUAGAUUUAAUUGAGGCGAAAUUAGUGGGAAUACUCGAUAUUUUGGAUGAAGAAAAUCGCCUUCCCCAGCCAAGUGACCAGCACUUCACAUCAGCAGUUCACCAGAAGCACAAGGACCAUUUCCGACUCACUAUUCCCAGGAAAUCCAAGCUGGCAGUUCAUAGGAAUCUCAGAGAUGAUGAAGGCUUUAUCAUCAGGCACUUUGCAGGGGCCGUGUGCUACGAAACAACCCAGUUUGUGGAGAAAAAUAAUGAUGCUUUACAUAUGUCCCUUGAGUCCUUAAUAUGUGAGUCCAGGGAUAAGUUUAUACGGGAGUUAUUUGAAUCAUCCACAAAUAAUAACAAAGACACUAAACAAAAAGCAGGAAAACUUAGCUUCAUCAGUGUGGGAAACAAGUUUAAGACACAGUUAAAUUUGCUUUUGGAUAAACUUCGAAGUACUGGGGCGAGCUUCAUUCGCUGCAUCAAACCUAACCUGAAGAUGACCAGCCACCACUUCGAGGGGGCCCAAAUUCUGUCUCAGCUUCAGUGCUCAGGUAUGGUGUCCGUUUUGGACUUGAUGCAAGGUGGCUUCCCAUCACGAGCUUCGUUUCACGAACUGUACAACAUGUAUAAAAAGUACAUGCCGGAUAAACUUGCAAGAUUGGACCCCAGGCUGUUUUGUAAGGCUCUUUUUAAAGCUUUGGGCUUAAAUGAAAUUGACUACAAGUUUGGAUUAACAAAAGUAUUUUUUAGACCUGGCAAGUUUGCAGAAUUUGAUCAGAUCAUGAAGUCGGACCCCGACCACUUGGCAGAGUUGGUUAAGAGAGUCAAUCUCUGGCUGGUCUGCAGUCGCUGGAAGAAAGUCCAGUGGUGUGCGCUGUCUGUCAUCAAACUGAAAAACAAAAUAAAAUACCGAGCAGAAGCUUGCAUUAAAAUGCAAAAAACUAUUCGGAUGUGGCUUUGCAAAAGGAGACACAAACCUCGCAUCGAUGGCCUGGUUAAGGUGGGCACACUGAAAAGGCGCCUGGACAGGUUUAAUGAGGUAGUAAGUACAUUAAAGGAUGGAAAACCAGAGGUGAACAAACAGAUCAAGGAUCUUGAAAUUUCUAUCGAUGCUUUGAUGGCCAAAAUUAAGUCUACUAUGAUGACAAGGGAGCAGAUACAGAAGGAGUACGAUGCUCUAGUCAGAAGCUCCGAGGAGCUGCUCAGUGCAUUACAGAAAAAAAAGCAGCAGGAAGAGGAAGCAGAAAGGCUGAGGCAUAUUCAAGAAGAAAUGGAAAAAGAAAGAAAAAGACGAGAGGAAGAGGAACAGCGACGAAGAAAGGAAGAGGAGGAAAGGAGGAUGAAACUUGAGAUGGAAGCAAAGAGAAAACAAGAAGAAGAAGAGAGGAAGAGAAGGGAAGAUGAUGAAAAACGAAUUCAGGCGGAAGUGGAGGAGCAGCUGGCCAGGCAGCGGGAGGAGGAGUCGCAGCAGCAGGCUGUGCUGGAGCAGGAGCGCCGGGACCGGGAGCUGGCCCUGCGCAUCGCCCGGAGCGAGGCGGAGCUGAUCAGCGAUGAGGCGCAGGGCGACCUGGCGCUGCGCAGCUCGGUUUCCUAUCCCGUAACUUCUAAAAAUGAUGGAACAAGACCCCAAAUGACACCGGAACAAAUGGCCAAAGAAAUGUCAGAACUUUUGUGUAGAGGCCCUGCUGUACAAGCCACCAAGGCAGCUGCCGGGACCAAGAAGUACGAUCUCAGUAAAUGGAAGUACGCAGAGCUGCGCGACACCAUCAACACUUCUUGUGAUAUUGAGCUCCUGGCAGCUUGCAGAGAAGAAUUUCAUAGGAGACUAAAAGUGUAUCAUGCUUGGAAAUCUAAGAACAAGAAGAGAAACACUGAAACAGAGCAACGAGCUCCAAAGUCUGUUACUGAUUAUGAUUUUGCACCAUUUUUGAACAAUUCACCUCAGCAGAACCCCGCCGCUCAGCUUCCUGCCAGGCAGCAGGAGAUCGAAAUGAACCGGCAGCAGCGAUUCUUUCGAAUCCCGUUCAUCCGCCCUGCAGACCAGUACAAAGACCCGCAGAGUAAGAAGAAGGGCUGGUGGUACGCCCACUUCGAUGGGCCCUGGAUCGCGCGGCAGAUGGAGCUCCACCCCGACAAGCCACCCAUCCUUCUCGUGGCUGGUAAGGAUGACAUGGAGAUGUGUGAGCUGAACCUCGAGGAGACGGGCCUCACUCGGAAGCGCGGCGCUGAGAUUCUGCCGAGACAGUUCGAGGAGAUCUGGGAGCGCUGCGGAGGCAUCCAGUACCUUCAGCGCGCCAUCGAGAGCAGACAGGCGCGGCCCACCUACGCCACAGCCAUGCUGCAGAACCUGCUGAAGUAGCGCUGGGAGGGAGGCCGUGCGCAGGCCCGGAGCGCGACCGCCCGUGCUGGUGUUAGAGUAGCUUAGGCAAGGUGAACGGCUUGUACUAAUCAUGGCUUUCGUUAAUUCGCUUAAGGCUAGUUAAGGUUAUGGGAGUGAAUUUGGGGCCUGACAGUUGUUUCCUUUAUCCAGUUAUCGCUCUUCGUCCCCUCCUCUCUCUAAAGCUUGUCAGGCUGGGGCAGAUUCCACGCCUCUCACUCUCUGUCGGCAGAUCUUAAGUCCUCCUCGAUUGUUCUCAAGGAAAAGAGGGCUUUACAGAUAUUUCAGAAGACAUAGUACCUUACAUCUGGAGUGAUGAAACAUUAAAUUCCUUCUAAGAAUUAAGGCACUUAAAGUGAUUACAGCACUGAUGUUUGAAAAGCAUCUUAAAAGCAGUGAAUUUUCUCUUUUUCAGAAAUUCACAGAUACUGCCUCCAACAAUGGAAAUUCUUAUCCCCCCCGCCAUGUGUCUUACUUUGGGUGAAGCAGUUCUUACUAACAGCUAGAAUUCUGGAAAGAGCCUUAAUUUAUUUA